GUCUUUUACCUGGGGCUUCUUGGAGGAAGUUUUCCUUUCCAUUACUAAACCGCCCAAGCAAGGGAAUACUGUUGGGCCCAAAUACAGAAAGCCUUCUUUCCAAAAAAAAAAAACUUUUUUUGUUUCCUCGGCAAAAAGGUACCUUUUUUUUUUGUUCAUCCACACGAGAGUAAACAAGCAGCGUAGUUACGUGUUGGCUUCUCUUCAGAAAAUCUGGGAAUCGCGUCUCGCGAUUUUCUUAUCGUAUCAUCGUCGCUAAAUUUCCUGCCAAAAUUCUUCUUCUCCUCCUCUCGAGGAGCAUUUCAUUUCGCCGCAAAUGGACAACAACGGAUCUCAAGAUAUUGCUGUUCCAGUAGAAGGAGUGGCUGGUGGAGGAACGGCUUACGGUUGGAACGAUGGUGGUCUAAGCUCGGAGCCACUUAGACAGUCUCUGGACCCGACAGAGGUUCCGACCGCUGAGUUGGUGCAUGUCUGGUGUAUGCCAAAUACCGCUAAUGUCGGGCCACAAGAAACUCCUCGGUCUUUGGAGCCUAUAGAUCUGUUGGCAGCUAGGAAUGAGAGAGAGAGUUUUCAGAUUGCCAUACGUCCGAAAGUUUCUUGGUCUGGUUCCACCAUUGCAGGGACUGUCCAAGUUCAGUGCAAUGACUUGUAUUCUUCAUCUGGAGAUCGAUUAUUUGUUGGCCAGUCAUUAAAACUUCGGCGUGUGGUUCCUGUCUUAGGUGUUCCUGAUGCUCUGGUGCCCCUUGAGUUGCCAGUUAGCCAACUUAGCAUAUUUCCAGGAGAAACUAGUGUCAUAUGGGUUUCGAUAGAUGUCCCAAAUGGGCAGCCUCCUGGUCAAUAUGAAGGAGAGAUUAUAAUUUCUGCAAUGAAGGCGGAUGGAGGAUCUUCGACUCGCUUGGGAAAAUCUGAGAAGCAUCAGCUGUGUCUUGAACUUAAGAACUGUCUUGAUACCGUGGUGCCAAUAGAGGGAAAGCCCAUGGAUGAAGUGGUAGAAAGAAUAAAAUGUGCAAGUUCGUCAUUAAGAAGAAUUCUCUUCUCUCCAUCAUUUGCGGAGUUCGUUUCAGAUAAUGGAUCCAUUGAUAUGAUGGAAGAAGAUGUUGUAUCAAACCUUGCAGUGCGUGUAAAGUUAAGAUUGACAGUUUGGGAAUUUAUUCUUCCAGUGACUCCAUCACUCCCUGCAGUAAUCGGUGUCUCCGAUACUGUGAUUGAGGAUCGUUUUGGUGUUGAACAUGGAAGUGAAGAAUGGUACAAGAAAUUGGAUCUCCAUUUCAAGUGGCUUCUUCAAUACCGAAUCAGUCCAUACUUUUGCAGAUGGGGUGAAAACAUGCGUGUGUUGACAUACACCUCGCCAUGGCCUGCUGAUCAUCCUAAAUCUGACGAGUAUUUCUCUGACCCGAGGCUUGCAGCUUAUGCAGUACCAUAUAGACAAGUCAUAACUGGCGAUGAUUCAAGGGAAAGUUACCUGCGGAAAGAGGUUGAGAUAUUGAGGAGGAAGCCUCAUUGGAACAAAGCCUACUUUUACUUGUGGGAUGAGCCACUGAAUAUGGAGCAUUAUGAUAAUGUUCGCAAGAUGGCUAGUGAGAUUCAUGCCUAUGCCCCGGAUGCUCGUGUUCUAACUACGUACUAUUGUGGGCCGGGCGAUGCACCUCUUGCUCCAACCCCCUUUGAGUCUUUUGUGAAAGUUCCAGAUCUCCUUCGACCCCACACUCAAAUAUAUUGUACAAGUGAAUGGGUACUCGGCAAUAGAGAGGAUUUGGUCAAGGAUAUCGUUGGGCGGCUGCAGCCAGAGAAUGGUGAGGAAUGGUGGACGUAUGUAUGUCUUGGGCCUUCGGAUCCACACCCGAAUUGGCACCUGGGGAUGGGCGGGACCCAGCACCGUGCUGUGAUGUGGCGUGUGUGGAAAGAAGGCGGGACGGGGUUCCUAUACUGGGGGGCAAACUGCUACGAGAAGGCAACCGUUCCCAGUGCCGAGAUAAGAUUUAGACGUGGUCUUCCUCCUGGCGAUGGAGUUCUGUUCUACCCGGGUGAAGUCUUCUCGUCCUCUUCGGAACCCGUUGCUUCACUUCGCCUGGAACGGCUUCUAAGUGGCUUGCAGGAUUUCGAGUACUUGAAGCUGUAUGCGUCGAAAUAUGGAAGAGAAGAGGGACUGGGAUUGUUGGAGAAGACGGGCGUGUACAUGGGACCAGAGCGUUACGCACUCGAACACCGACCCAUCGAUCUCUUGCGCGGUGAAGUUUACAACUCUUGCAGGCCAUGAGAGCGUAUAGUUUCGAGUUCAUUGAGAAUGUGGCUACUGCAAUUACUUGUAAGCUCCCUUUAUAUUCGAGUUUACUCUUGUAUCUAUUUUACCAAUCAAUAACAUAUAUAUAUAUAUAUAGAACUCAUAGUAUACCAUUCAUGAUCGCAGUAAGUUCUAGAGGA